GGGGGGGCCUGGAGGAGCGGAGGAGACUAAGUUUCUAGGUGGUUAGCGGUGAGUUCUUUGGCACUGGGUGGAGCUCAGUGACCCGACCGGACUGACGGAUUCCGGCUGCGGCGUGGGCCAGAGGCCGGGCUGGGGGCAGCUAGGAGACUAGAGGGCACUACUUCGGCAAGACCGCGUAGCGGACAUGGCGAGCUCCCGGGUCCCACAGCAGCUUUUCCUACAGGGUGUGGCCGCUGUCUACUUGUUCGCCUUUGCGUCCCUCUACACCCAGAUCCCAGGUGAGGGCGCGGAGGGGUUGAAUCGUCACACGUGGACGUGGUAGCAUCCCUUCCUUCACUGCCCUCUGAGGCGGGUGUAAAGUCCAGGCCUCUCUCUGCGCGGGAUUAAGGGGUGGUAGUUUGCGGGCAACAAAAGUGGAGGAAAAAGAAGCACAAGGGUCGAUUUCCCUUAACUAUUAGUAGUCUCAUCUAGGCUUAGGGAAAAACCCCGAGGGGAGUGGGUGGCAGAUUUCUACCUGGACUCUGUGGGCAGGUAAGAGAGGGAUGCGCUCUAAUUGACAGAAGGUGCUGACCCAGAAUCAGGUCUUCUGAACCUGGUGUUGGGGGUCAACAAUUUCCAACGUGAGAGAGAGAGACCAUCUGGUAGACAGAGCAAGCCCUGCCUGGGAUGGGAACAUCUGCAAGCACAACCUGGAGUUGGGGGUUUGGGACAUCUGCAUGCCAGGAGCUGGUGGUGGAGCAUCUCCGGGGCCUAAGUUCAUGUGCAUGUUAGACUGGGAAGAUGUCUAAGACUUGGCCCUGACAUACCCUCCCACAGGCCUCUAUGGCCCAGAGGGCAUCCUUCCUGCUCGAAGAACACUGCGGCCCCAAGGCAAGGGCCUGUGGCAGCAGCUGUGGGAAACACCAACGCUGCUGUGGGAGGCACCAAGACUGGGGCUGGAUACUGCCCAAGGUCUGGAUUUACUGACCUUAUUGGGCACCGUGCUAGCCCUGGGCGCCCUGCUCCUGAACUCUCUGAGACACCCCUUCGUCUACCUGCUGCUCUGGGUUGCAUACCGAUCAGCCUACCAGGGAUUCCCUGCUGCUGGAGACUGGCUUCCUAGCUAUACUGGUAGCCCCGCUGAGGGGGCCUUCCAAACACAAGAUUCUCCAGGGUAGAUUAGCAGGAGCCUUACCCCAUGAAGACCUCCCAUUCUGGCUCGUGCGCUGGCUGCUGUUUCGACUCAUGUUCGCCUCUGGUGUGGUCAAGUUGACCAGCCGCUGCCCUACGUGGUGGGGACUCACUGCUCUGACCUACCACUAUGAGACUCAGUGCCUGCCCACACCCGCUGCCUGGUUUGCUCACCAUCUGCCGGUCUGGCUACACAAGCUCAGCGUGGUAGCCACCUUCCUCAUCGAGAUCGCAGUGCCACCCCUGUUCUUUGCUCCUAUUCGCCGCCUACGACUUACUGCCUUCUACGCUCAGGCAUUAUUGCAAGUCCUGAUUAUCAUCACUGGCAACUACAAUUUCUUCAACCUGCUAACCCUGGUGCUCACCACUGCCCUCCUGGAUGACCGUCACCUGUCUGCUGAGCCUGGCCUCAGAUGCCACAAGAAGAUGCCCACCUCCUGGCCUAAAGCCCUGCUGACCGCGCUGUCCUUACUGCUGGAACUGACUGUCUAUGGGCUGCUGGCCUACGGCACUGUCUACUACUUUGGCCUGGAGGUUGACUGGCAACAGCACAUCAUCCUCUCGAAAACCACCUUCACCUUCCAUCAGUUCUCCCAGUGGCUGAAGACGGUAACCCUGCCAACUGUGUGGCUAGGGACAGCCUCCCUGGCCUGGGAGUUGCUUGUUGUCCUCUGGAGGUGGAUCCAGGUACAAGGAUGGUCACGGAAGUUCUCUGCGGGUAUCCAGCUCUCCGUCCUGGGCACGGCAACAGUGGCCUUGUUCCUGAUCAGCCUAGUACCUUACUCCUAUGUGGAACCUGGGACCCACGGGCGUCUCUGGACUGGGGCUCAUCGCCUGUUCGGUUCUGUGGAGCACCUACAGCUGGCCAACUCUUACGGCCUUUUCCGUCGGAUGACUGGCGUGGGCGGGCGGCCGGAAGUGGUCCUAGAGGGCAGCUAUGACGGACAGCAUUGGACAGAGAUCGAAUUCAUGUACAAACCUGGGAAUGUGAGCCGACCACCCCCUUUCCUGACUCCUCACCAGCCACGCCUUGAUUGGCAGAUGUGGUUCGCAGCCCUUGGCCCGCAUACACACAGCCCCUGGUUCACCGGCCUGGUGCUGCGCCUCCUGCAGGGCAAGGAGCCAGUGAUCCGACUAGUCCAGAGCCAUGUUGCCAACUACCCCUUUCAUGAACGGCCACCCACCUACCUGCGGGCCCAGCGCUAUAAGUACUGGUUCUCAAAGCCUGGAGAUCAGAGCCGGUGGUGGCACCGCCAGUGGGUAGAGGAAUUCUUCCCAUCUGUAUCCUUGGGGGACCCAACACUGGAAACCCUGCUCCAACAGUUUGGACUAAAGGAUAAGAGUCCACCCCGGGCCCGCAGCCCCAGCAAUGGCCUAGCUCAGACACUGAACUGGGUGCGGACACAGCUGUCUCCCCUGGAGCCUCCCAUCCUGCUCUGGGGGCUCUUCGGGGCAGUGGUGGCUAUCCGAGUUGUGCAGACCCUACUCGCCCCCCGCCCGCUCCAGUCCUCAAAACAGACUAGAGAGGAAAAACGUAAGCAAACCUCCAAGAAGGAUUCCAGAGCCGCCUCUGAGCAGGCUGCCGCCAACAGCAACAGCAGGGACUCCUGGGCCCCUCGGCGGAAAAAAUAGCGUCGUGUGCUACCAUCAGCUGGCCACGUGUCCUAAUGAUGAAGUCAGAGCCCCGGGAUCCCAGCACACACCGUGACACAGCCCAGCCACUGUGCCUUAGCCAGUCCUGCCAGGGCAGAUGCAGACGGGAACGCCACCCCCGAGGAAUGCUGGGUGUCACCUUUGAGAGCCCUGCUCAUCCCCCUACACCAACCACAUCCUUCGCUACUCACCUUCUACUGUCUUGGAAUCAACCCAGAAGUGGGCCUGCGGCCUAGCUCAGGACUUCUCCUGAAACACUGUAAUCAGUGUACCAUAGAUGCACAGGCCUGAGUCUGGAGUUCCUACCCAGCCCCACUUUGGAGAGGGGGAGCUAAACCUGCUGAGGACAGGAGCCAGGGGAAGUGGGUCCUUGAGACUGUGCCUGCCUGCCCCUCAGACUGUACCAAUAAAGGCCCAUUUGUACAUACCCA